UUCUUCUUCGUUGGCUACAACUUGCCAUUUUUUAUAAAACAUACUUCAUCCACUCACUCUACAUAUAUACAAAUCACCCUUUUAUUUAUCUAUAGAUACACGCAUACAAACCUCUCUUUCGAUUGAUAUCAAGUAAAGUGUUUGAAGGUGUGUGGAGAUAUAUGGCACAAAUAUUGCUACAUGGAACACUUCAUGCAACAAUCUAUGAAGUAGAUAAACUCAAGUCCAAUUUGCUUCAUAAGAUUGUAGAUGGACUAGAACAUGCGGUGGGACUAAAGAAAAAUGCUGCAAGCCUUUAUGCAACCAUAGACUUGGAAAAAGCUCGAGUGGGUCGAACCCGAAUGCUCGAACACGACACGAACCCACGAUGGUACGAGUCAUUCCACAUCUAUUGUGCUCAUAUGGCCUCUAACCUUAUAUUCACUAUCAAAGAAGAUGACCCGAUAGGCGCGACUUUACUUGGUCGCGCCUCUAUCUCGGUUACCAAACUUUUAAACCAAGAAGUAUUCGACGAAUGGCUAGAAAUAUUCGAUAGCCGUGGUAAGCCAGUACACGGGCAUGCGAAAAUCCACAUCAAGGUACAAUUCUUUGAAGUCACACGAGAAUGUCAAUGGUCUAAAGGUAUACAAAGCCCGAAUUUCCCCGGGGUACCCUUCACGUUUUUUACUCAAAGAAACGGAUGUAAAGUUACUCUUUAUCAAGACGCACACUUACCCGACAAUUUUAUCCCCAAAAUACCCUUAUCGGGAGGAAAACUAUAUAAACCGAAUCGGUGUUGGGAGGACAUUUUUGAUGCCAUUUCUAACGCGAAACAUUUGAUUUAUAUAACGGGGUGGUCAGUUUACACGGAAAUCACUUUGAUUCGGGAUCUGAGAAGGCCAAAGCCCGGUGGUGAUAUGACGCUAGGCGAAUUGCUAAAGAAAAAGGCCAGUGAAGGUGUUCGGGUUUUGAUGCUUGUUUGGGAUGACCGUACUUCGGGAGAUCUGUUUAAUAAUGGGUUCAUGGCAACCCAUGACGAGGACACAGGAUCCUACUUCAGAGGCUCGGAAGUUAACUGUGUCCUGUGUCCUCGUAAUCCAGAUGAUGGGCGUAGUUUAGUCCAAAACAUCGAGAUCUCAGUGAUGCUGACUCAUCACCAAAAAGUUGUCGUGGUCGAUAGCGGGUUGCCUAAUGGCAACCAAGAGAAACGUCGAAUUGUGAGUUUCAUAGGAGGAAUCGAUCUUUGCGAUGGGCGUUACGACACCCCUUUUCACUCGAUUUUCCGCACUCUUGAUACCGUCCACCACGACGACUUCCACCAACCAAACUUUGCGAAUGCGUCGAUCAACAAAGGUGGGCCUCGGGAGCCAUGGCAUGACAUCCAUUGCAAGCUCGAAGGCCCGAUAGCAUGGGACGUGCUAUUUAACUUUGAACAACGAUGGCUGAAACAAGGGGGGAAGGAUCUACUUAACGACAUUCGAGAUCUUUCUCAUAUUAUCAUCCCGCCCUCACCUGUGAUGCUUCCAAAUGAUCACGAAGCAUGGAACGUUCAGCUGUUUCGUUCCAUAGAUGGCGGGGCUGCAUUCGGGUUUCCUGACAAACCCGAAGAUGCAGCCCGUGCAGGUCUAAUUAGUGGAAAAGAUAACAUUAUCGACCGUAGCAUUCAAGACGGUUACAUAAAUGCAAUCCGAAGAGCAAAAAACUUCAUUUAUAUCGAAAACCAAUAUUUUCUAGGAAGCUCAUUCGGUUGGAACUCAAAUGACAUCAAUGACGCAGACAUAAACGCCUUACAUCUAAUCCCGAAAGAACUUUCACUUAAAAUCGUUAGCAAGAUCGAAGCAGGACAGGAUUUUCGAGUGUAUGUCGUGUUACCAAUGUGGCCAGAAGGCGAACCCGAGAGUGCAUCAGUUCAAGCGAUAUUGGAUUGGCAAAGGAGGACAAUGCAAAUGAUGUAUACUGAUAUAAUUCAUGCUUUGAAAGCGAAACACAUUGUGGCCAACCCGAAGGACUAUUUGACAUUUUUUUGUUUGGGAAAUCGGGAGACGAAGAAGGAUGGCGAGUAUAUUCCCUCCGAGAAGCCUGAGGAUGGUAGUAACUAUCGUAAAGCCCAAGAAGCGCGACGGUUUAUGAUAUAUGUUCAUGCCAAAAUGAUGAUAGUCGAUGACGAGUACAUAAUCGUUGGAUCGGCUAACAUCAACCAAAGAUCGAUGGAUGGAGCUAGAGAUUCCGAGAUAGCAAUGGGAGCGUUUCAACCAUGCCAUCUAUCAAAAAGACAGCCUGCAAGGGGCCAGAUUCACGGGUUCAGGAUGUCGUUGUGGUAUGAGCAUAUGGGGCUCCUUGACGAUUGUUUUGCUCGUCCAGAGACCUUGGCUUGUAUUCAAAAGGUGAAUAAGAUAUCAUCGAAAUAUUGGGAUCUUUUUUGUUCCGAAAAUCUCAAUCAUGAUUUACCUGGCCACCUGCUCAGUUACCCUGUUGGAGUCACGGAGGAAGGAGAGGUGACCGAGCUGCCGGGAUCGAUGUACUUCCCGGACACAAAGGCUCGGGUUCUUGGUACCUAUGCAAGUUACAUGCCUCCAAUACUAACCACCUAAAAAAUAUGGCUACACGUUGGUUUUUGGUACCUUGAGGGGGUUUCUUUUCUUUUCUUUUUUUGUGGGUGUGUGUUUGUUUAUGGGUUGUUUUUGUUGUAAUUAUAUUAUGUGUUAAUGUUUCAUGUUGAAAAAAAGAUUAGAUCUAACUGUGUAUGUACACUGUAACUAUAUAAAUAUGCAGGUGUGUAGGACAUAUAAUUCGUAGGAGAGACCGGAAUUCUUUGAAAAUA